AUGAGAAAUUCGAUAUUCAUUUUGGCCGGUUUGAUUUCAAUAUGUAGUGCUUCAAUAUACAGUAAUCAUCGGGUGAAACGAAACGAUUUCACCAACAAUUAUGGGUUCGGACCAUUUGGAGUGGGACCAGCAAACGGAGGAUUUGACAGCUAUGGAUUUUAUAAAGACAAAUUCUAUAACAGCGGUUUGCCUGCAUUGUACACCCACGCAGCUUAUCGCAAUUAUUAUCAUGAGAUCUCUUUCCACAAAAACAAAUACGGUAAACCAGCUCCAACCGACUUCGAAGUACUUCAACAGGAACGAUUUGGACCUUAUUACGAUGGCGUUUGGGGUUAUGCAGAUCAUUCCCCAAAUUGGUUUGGAUAA